AUGAACGAAUGGCAGACUCGCGCAGUCAAGGAUGCGCUCAGAUCACCACGCUACCUCUUUCGAGUGGUGUCGGACAACUCUCUUGGUACCAACAGCACUGCCCUCGUUGAUUCGCUGGCAGGACAAGAGAUACCCCUCCGCGGCGCAGAAGAUUGGGAGAGCCAGCACUACGACGACUUCACUUCGAUGGAUUGGGUUCGCGCGGAUGCGAUGCUACAAGCACACUUUAGAUGGCAGUACAGGUUCCCGUCUGCAUUCAGCUCUUGGUCAACAUCGCUGCUCGAGUCGCUGAUCUACGCGCUCUUGAAGAGGGAUGUGUGGAAAGAGUCUCGAAUCUUGAUAUACGUACUGGACACAACGAAGGUCACUGGUCCUCCGAGGAUCUAUCAUGCCCCUAGCUUGAUGAACGCCUUCCGACUGACAAGCCGGCCACGCCUGGAAGUUUCGUGGAAGAAAGCUGCAGGAGAGUAUCUCGUCUACGGUAAGCUGAGCAAGCAUGACGGCUUCACCGCAGUCAAACUGGAAGAUCUUAUCGAUGCCGGACUGCUCAACCUCGGAAGGCGCUAUGACUUGGGCCGAUGGACCGACGAGUACUGGUUCCGAGGAGUGAUCAGAAUACGAUACACCUACUUCUGA